UGGUAAAACCUGCAAAGGUCAUGGAUACUGGCUUCGCUACCCUUCUUCGCUUCGAUUAAAAGAAAAGAAAAAAAAGAAACUUUGUCCAAAAGAAUUUAUCAGAAUAAUGACUUAACUAAUCAAAUGCAACGUAACAAUAGUUGGAAGGCUGUGGAAGUGGCUGGAUGAAUACGUAAUUUGUUAUAAUAUCAACCAAUCACAUGUUGCCUUUAAUAUGUCAGCCCACAUGACAAAAUAAUAAUGGCUGACAACUACAAUGUCGGCUGGCGAUCACAAACAAUUGACAGAAACAGAUCCUUGGUUUUAUUCUGACACAGAUUUCGAUUCGAUCAGGAUGCUUAGGAGGUCUAAAAAUUGGUUACCCGGAGCUCUGUGGAAGCCCAAAAACCCCCAUUCCUUGGAACACCUCAAGUAUUUGUACAGUAUUUUAUGUAAAAAUCAAACAGUGACUGAAAAUAACCGGUGCCUGCUGGUGGAGACAUUGAGAUCUAUUUCUGAAAUACUUAUAUGGGGGGAUCAACAUGACAGUUCUGUGUUUGACUUUUUCUUGGAAAAGAACAUGCUGUCAUUUUUUCUACGUUAUCUACGUCAAAAAUGUGGUCGCUACAUCUGUGUCCAGUUGUUACAGACUUUAAAUAUUUUAUUUGAAAAUAUUAGUAAUGAAACCUCAUUGUACUAUUUACUCUCAAACAACCACAUCAACUCUAUCAUUGUUCAUAAAUUUGAUUUCUCAGAUGAAGAGGUGAUGGCCUACUAUAUUUCAUUCUUGAAAACAUUGUCUUUAAAACUAAACCGACAUACAAUUCACUUUUUCUACAAUGAGCAUACAAAUGAUUUUGCACUUUAUACAGAAGCCAUAAAAUUUUUCAAUCAGCAUGAGACUAUGGUCCGAAUUGCUGUCCGAACUAUUACUUUAAAUGUAUAUCGAGUAUAUCAUUGGAAGACAUUGUCAGUGGAUGAUAAAGCAAUGUUGAGAUAUAUUCGGGAUCGAACAGCAGCUCCUUAUUUUUCAAAUCUUGUUUGGUUUAUUGGUAACCAUAUCUUAGAUCUUGACUGUUGUGUACGCAAUGAUGCUGAUCACCAAAGUCGAGAUAGACUGGCUGACCUAGUUGCUGAACAUUUAGACCACUUGCACUACCUCAAUGAUAUUCUCUGUCUCAACAUAGACGAACUCAAUGAAGUGCUUGUUGAGCAUUUGCUGAAUCGAUUACUUAUUCCUCUUUAUGUGUACUCUUUGACAAAGAGGAAAAAGUACUCAAACAGACAGAAGUCUGUUGAAUCUCCCGUGAAAUGUUUGAAUCUAAAUGUUGCCAUGGACAAUUCAGAGAAGCCACAGCCAGAAGAAAGAAAACAUGUUAGUUCAGUGGUAUCAUUGUUUCUUUUGUCACAGGUGUUUCUUAUUAUUAGUCAUGCUCCUCUUGUUCGUCAACUGGCAGAAAUCAUAUUUCAAGGAAAUAUUUGUCUCACGAGAGUUGAUGCACGAGAGGAUUCUCCAAAAUUAAAAGUAAGAGAAUUCUCAGCUCCAGAAGAACCUUUAGAGAAAACCCUAGAAGUUAACCGUAUGAGGCGUUUUAGGGUAUUACAGAUGCCAAAUGCUGAUGGAGAAUUUGAAGUCAGUCAAGAAGGGAAUUCUACAUUUUAUAUACAAACAGAAGUGGCUGUUCAGGUGGAUGAUAUAUCUUCUCCUUCAACAGGCACAGAGGGGGAAGCCUUAAGCCCCAGCAGUGAAGCAAUAUCUGGGGACACAGAUAUCUCUAGUUCAAAUCAAAACUCUACGGAUGAAGAAAAAUUACUUAGUUCAUACGGCUUUGGCCAUAGAAGACGGCAUAGUGCCAGUGCUGAACAGAGGCAAGCAGAAUUCUCACUGGUCAACAGACCAUAUUUGGAAGCCAUAUUCAAUGCCUUAGAAUGCAAUGAAAAUGACUAUGAGACUUUAUUUGCUUUGUGUUUACUAUAUGCAAUGGGACACAAUGAAGAUGGACUCUACCGAAUACACCAAGGCCUUCUGGAUACUGUGCUAAUGCCAACAGAACGAUGUGAGACUAAAGAAUAUUAUAACAUAGCGUUAGUAGAAAAAUUGAUCAAGAUCAUCACUUUAGCCUGUCAGCCCUCUGCCAAAUUACGAUUAGCUACAUUAGAAUUAAGCAUAAAAUUAUUAAAACAAUUGGUAUACAGAAAUGGGCGAUCAUUUUUGCAAGACAGACACCUGGCGUGUGUUGAAAAUGCACGUGAAUGCAGUAACCAAUUGUUGCGUAACUUCUAUAAGAGUGAAGAGAUAUUUCUUGAUAUGUUUGAAGAUGAAUACAGAGAAAUGAUGGAGCGGCCUUUGAAUGUUGAGUACCUUACCAUGGAUGCUUCAAUUUUACUACCUCCCACAGGCACCCCUCUUACUGGCAUUGCCUUCAACAAAAGGCUUCCUUGUGGAGAGGUAGAGCGAGCUAGACGGGCUAUUCGAGUUUUCUUUUUGAUACGUGAUUUAUCACUGACUUUACUGAAAGAGGAGGAAAUUCAUUUACCUUUGACCAAAGAGCAUGAAUGCAUCAAGACUAAUGAAAUACGUGAUCUUAAUAACAGUGAUCUCAUUGCCUGUACUGUUGUUACAAAAGAAAGGAAACAAGAACGACGCUUUCUUGUUAUUGACAGCAAGCAGUUGAUUCUUGUAGAACCUGAUGCCAAACGAUUAGGUUGGGGUGUGGUUCGAUUUGUAGGUUUUCUCCAGGAUGUCGAAGUCUCAGGUGACAAAGACGACAGCCGUUCUCUACAUAUCACCGUGCAUAAACAGUCAUUGUCAGCACAUUCAAGGCCUGUUCCUCUUCUAUCAGCACGUUUUAUCUUUGAUGACCAUAUUCGUUGUAUGGCAGCAAAACAACGUCUUAGUAAAGGAAGAAUAAAAGCUCGACAACAAAAAAUGCAGAAAAUUGAACGACUUUUAGAUAUCCGGACACAAAGUAAUUCUGGUACCAUUUAUCCAAAUGCCAGUGGCACACGUACUGGAGCUAUCCCAGGGAGAACAAGGCGAAGUCAUCCUGUGCGCACAUCUACGGCCAUUGGACAAAAUCAAGUACCAGUGUCCCCUAUUCCACGGAAAGGGUUAUCUCCAAGCAAAACAAGCCCAUUGUAUGCACAUAUGUCAAAUAAAGCAAGCAGUCAAGGAAAACAACCCAAUACCUUGGAAGUUAAUAAAAUUGCAUCUAAUGAUGUCGAGGAAGGGAUUGAUGCUGUAGCAUUCCAGAGUUUGAAUCAACCAUGUGACAGUAAAAAAACACAUCAUGUAGGGCAAAGCACUAAUCCCAUGAACAUACAAGAGAUUCCAUUGGAGGACUUAUCUCGUAAAGGCCGAAAAAGUAAAUCUGAAGGCGAGCGGCGGUCAUUUUCAUUUGGGGGUAGUCAUCGGUCAGAACACAGUAGGAGUCACUCACACAGCCCUCGUAGAAUACGAAGUGGUUCUAGUCCUGCAUCCUACUCUCCAGACCGUCGUAGCAGUCGUGUUCGGUCAGUGUCAUCAGACAAAAGUAAACAUGACAGAAAUAGUGACAGCCAUUCAACAAUCACACCUGGUUCCUGCUCUCAAAGUGGCUCACAGUCUUCAUCAGACAAUAGUCCAGAAUCUACUAAAACCUCCUUGAAAGAUCUGGCUAAACUGUUACAAUCCCCCAAAACUCUACGACCUGCAGAGGCUCCAACAUUGUCUCUUUUAGUAGAUGGAGAAAAAACUGAUCCGGGGAGUCCAACCCUGCUACCUCCAAUGGAGACACAUAUAGUGAAAGUGAAAGCAAACAGCUUUAAUGGUGCUGCCAGCGCCUCUUCAACAUCUGCAUCAGAUGAAGACAAUAGUGAAGAAGCUAUACGUAGCCCAAUUAUUGUGCCAAUGCGAGGAGUUAGCUCUCCUUCGGUACAGCUCACCCGUUUAGCCCAGAUAGUACAACAGCACUAUAAGUAUGCUGAUAACAACAACGAACAUGCACAGCUGGUGUUUUCUCCAGCAGAACCACCUGCUGAAAUUGGUCAGCCAGUUGAAGCAGAUGAUGUUUUGGACUCUCCGGUUAAUGGUGUCCCAUCAGCAGCACUUAGUGAUGUCACAAAACACUCAUCUCCAGUUAACAGUGUCCUGUCACCACCAUCCACUGAUAUUGUGGAACAGUCCACUUUGGGAUAAAAAAAUUCUAUUUAUUGUUGCUGAUAUGUUUGUGUAGUUCAGAAAAAAAAGAAGAAAAAACUAAUAAAAUUGAAAAAUUCCCUAACUCUUUGGACCAUUUUAAAAU